AUGACUGUGGACGACGACAACUUCCGGUUCUUCGGACUUGGAGGAUGUAAUGAAGUGGGUCGGUCAUGUCAUAUCAUCGAAUACAAGAAUAAGGUGAUCAUGCUUGACGCUGGUGUCCAUCCUGGUUACGCUGGUCUUAGUUCACUUCCGUUCUACGACGAAUACGAUUUGUCAAAAGUCGAUAUUUUGCUCAUUAGUCACUUCCAUUUGGACCACGCUGCUUCGUUACCGUAUGUCAUGCAACACACAAACUUCAAUGGACGGGUGUUCAUGACUCAUGCUACAAAAGCCAUCUAUAGAUGGUUACUCAGUGACUUUGUUCGAGUCACAUCAAUAGGUGGUGGAGGAGACUCACGGUUGAAUUCAGGUAAUGAAACUGCUACCAGUAGCAACUUGUAUACGGAUGACGACUUGAUUCGAUCAUUCGACAGAAUCGAAACCAUAGACUACCACUCCACAAUCGAAGUGGAAGGAAUUAGAUUUACUGCCUACCAUGCUGGUCACGUCUUGGGUGCUUGUAUGUACUUUGUCGAGAUCGGAGGGUUGAAAGUGUUGUUUACUGGUGACUAUUCACGAGAGGAAGAUAGACAUUUGCAGGUGGCUGAGGUCCCGCCUAUGAGACCAGAUAUCUUGAUCACGGAGUCCACAUUUGGAACUGCCACUCAUGAACCUCGUCUUGAGAAAGAGGCCCGAAUGACCAAAAUAAUUCAUCUGACCCUACUUAAGGGAGGCCGUAUACUUAUGCCGGUGUUUGCCUUGGGUCGAGCUCAGGAAUUGUUGUUGAUUCUCGAGGAGUACUGGCUGCAAAACGAGGACCUCCACAACAUAAAUGUGUUCUUCGCAUCUUCUUUGGCCCGUAAGUGUAUGGCAGUAUACCAGACCUACACCAAUAUCAUGAACGAUAACAUUCGUCACGGGGUGUCUUCUGCUUCAGGAGGAAAACUGAACCCAUUUCAAUUUAAGCAUAUCAAGUUGAUUAGAAGUCUUGACAAGUUUCAGGAUAUCGGACCCUGUGUUGUGGUAGCGGCGCCUGGUAUGCUUCAGAAUGGCGUUUCUCGUGAGCUUCUCGAACGGUGGGCUCCAGAUGCCAAAAAUGCGGUGAUCAUGACUGGAUACUCCGUAGAGGGAACUAUGGCCAAAGAGCUCUUGACCGAACCUCACACAAUCCAGUCACUGCAGAAUGCUGAUGUAACGAUUCCCAGGCGUAUGGCCAUCGAGGAGAUUUCAUUUGCAGCUCAUGUUGACUUUCAGGAAAAUGCAGGCUUUAUAGACAUGAUUAAUCCACUGAAGAUCAUUCUCGUUCACGGUGAGAGUAAUCCCAUGGGUCGGUUGAAAUCUGCUCUUUUGAGUAAAUAUUCGAGUCGUAAAGGCACUGAACAGGAGGUCAAGGUUUUCAAUCCCAGAAAUUGUGACGAGCUUCUGAUCGGAAUUCGAGGGUUGAAGAUUGCUAAAGUCUUGGGCAAUCUUGCCGAGGAAGAAUUGGCCAAGCUCCAGAAGGAUAUCAGCAAAAAACUAAAGGAAGACGAGUCAAAGAUGGACGAGACGACUGAUGGAGAAGUUAAUGGUGACACUUCAGAACCAAUCAAAACCGGUCAUACCAUAGCUGGUGUGCUUGUAUCGAAGGACUUUGACCUCAGCUUCCUCCAAAUGCAAGAUUUGCAUGAGUAUACCCAGCUUUCCACCUCGAUUCUCAAGUCAAAGAUAAGCUUAAAGAUCAAUGCUGACAUCUCGUUGAUGAAGUGGCAUUUGGAGCAAAUGUUUGGAUACAUCAAUAUAGUUAACGACGACGAGGAAGAAUGGGAGUGUCUCAUAAUGGAUAAAAUCGAAGUGCUUGUGGAUCGAACAAAGACCACUGGAGGUGGAUUAUUCAUAACGGUGGAAUGGAUUAACGAUAACUUGAUGGCUGAUUCGUUGGCUGAUAGCGUGGUAGCCAUCCUUUACUCGAUAGACUCGUCUCCAGCGUCGGUAAAGUUGUCGUCUAAACCACACUCGCAUUCGGUAAAGCAAGAAAAUGGAGAAGAAGCGGAACCAGAAAAACCUCCACCUCUGCCCAAAUUUGCACAUGCCGACAACCAGAUCUCUGGGCGCUUAGCACGUAUAUCUGCAUUGCUCCGAGCCCAAUUUGGUGACACAUUGAACAUGUUGGAUAACGGAAACAGUGCCAAAAUCAAGAUAGGCAAGAAUGAAGCCACGGUGAAUUUGCUUGAUUUGCAAGUAGACUGUGGUUCUGGGUUUCUUAAGAGCCGGAUUGAGAACAUAAUCAAGCGGGGAUGUGGGCUUACCGCUCCUUUGAGUCAAUACGAGAAAAAGUAA